GGAAAAUAUUGCCCACAGCAGACUACUUGGCAUUAAAGACGACUGGCGGUAGGAGCUGCGCUGACCCGUUUCCAGAAUCUACUGUUCGGUUUUCUUGGCAAUAAGUUUGGAUCAACGUGGUGGAGAAACAAGGGGAAAACCUGCAUCUUUGCCUAAAUGGUGUAUGCCUGAUCUGUUCUUCCAACUCUCCUGCCAGUUGCUGGCGUCAUUUCGAACAAGGAAAACUCACAGAGAAACUUAACACACUUAUUUGAAAGGCAGCUUAAACAUAUUUGAAGGGUUAUUAUAGCUCUUGAGGAAGUAUACAACCAAACCUUUCAACCAAUCAUUUCCAGGAUACCUCUGUGUGACGACAUGGCAAAGAAAAACAGCCAAAAGGAUACAUCUGGGGUGGUGUUUGACACUCGCUCAAAAAUGGCCAUGUCCCAGGGAGGAACAGCUGAGAGGAUGAAGGAGAAGAUCAGUGCUGUCAGGGCGGUUGUCCCCAACAAAAGUAACAAUGAGAUUGUGCUAGUGUUACAGCAUUUCGAGAACUGUGUGGACAAGGCCGUUCAAGCUUUCUUAGAAGGCAGCGCAGUUGAGAUCCUGAAGGAGUGGAAUGUCACCGGCAAAAAGAAGCCCAAGAAGAAAAAGAAGCCCAAGCCUCAGCCAGAGGCCACAGCAGAGCCUGCUCCACCUGAGACCAGAUCGCCCGAGGAGGACAAGAAUGAGAUGAAUGGCUUUCAUGCCAACGGAUCGGUAAUGGAUGGAGAGUCACUUGAUUCUCUGAGUGAACAGUUGGACUCUGCCUCCCUGGAUGCCGCUGAGCUGGACUCUGAGCCCGCUACAUCCGAAACCACCGGUGCAGAAGCAGAAAGUCCAGGUAGUGCUCCAAGUCCCGCUUUACAGCAAGGAGGGAGGAAUCACCAGGGUCCCAGAGGCAACAAGACCCGACAGAGGCCAGGUUCAAAUUCACAUCCACCCACUCCCUUAUUAGCACCCACCACUGAUGAGCAAGGAUCGUCAGGAGCCAAGAAGAUAGCUUCUAACAUUGACCGCUCUGUGAAGGACCUGCAGAGAUGCACUGCCUCACUGACUCGCUACAGGAUGGUGGUCAAGGAGGAGAUGGACUCCUCAAUCAAGAGAAUGAAGCAGACAUUUGCUGAGCUCCAGAGCUGUUUAAUGGACAGAGAAGUAACUCUACUGGGAGAAAUGGACAAAGUGAAAGCAGAGUCCAUGUUGAUUUUGGACGCCCGACAGAAGAGAGCAGAAGAGCUCAGACGGCUGACAGACCAGUCGGCAUCCAUGUCUGAGGAGCAGUUGACUGAACUGCGUGCAGACAUCAAGCACUUUGUGAGUGAGCGUAAAUAUGAUGAGGACCUUGGGAAAGCUGUAAGAUUUACAUUUGAUCUUGAACCGCUGAAGACGAGCAUCAUAGGGUUUGGAUCAGUUUACCAUCCACGAACAGGCUACUCAAAUCGGUCCCGCUGUAGCUCCACGUCCUCUUCUGUCGCCAGCCCAAGCCUGCUGGAAACUCCUCCUCCCACCCAGACCCAAAGCAUCCCCAGUGAAAACCGCCCUCCACCAAACAAACAGAUUUUCCAAGGCAACAGGCGUACUUUCCAGGGACAAGGGUAUCACUCGGGCCCGCGGUACAACGGCAGUUCCUACCAUGACAGGAAUGCCGGCCGUGCUAACCACCGCUACCAGAGUGACAGUGGCUCCUCUGGUCCUACUUCACAUCACUUUAACAACUCGAGAGGCCCCUCCCGUUCCUCCACGUCCUCCUACAACCAAGACCGACCCUCUCAUAACGGCCUGCCCCAAAGGCCUCCGCGGACGCACUGCCCUUGACAUUAGAAAUCCCGUGCUCAAUCCAGCCCAUCUACUAACCCUUGCCUUCCCCUCCCCAUAACCUAGACAGUCUACCCCCUACUAACUCCUUUCAAUGAAGAAUAGAAUACAAGUUUACAUAUUCCCGUCAGUUGAGCUGUAGUGCCACCUCUCUGCAUCAAUCUAUUCAUCCCACAAACUUUAAAAUCUCUCACUGUUCUGUAAUCGCUCUUCCUUUUGCCCCAUUCUGGAUAUGGUAACAGCUUCUAUCUUUAGGCUCUGUUUGAUUGCUAUGCUAUUGUCAGUCUCUUAUUAAUUGUUUGAAGUUAAGCAGUCUGCCAGAGACUGACAGGACUACCUGCAACAAUUUGUGCACUAUUGAAGUUGAACUCUUAGUACUAUUUCUAUUUUUGCUGUGGCUUUUGUCAGCUCUCUGAUUUGCACCUCAGAUCUUUUUUCUUUUCCUUGUCUCCCAGAACCAUUUCAAUGCCUUCACCGUGGAAAGCAUUGUGAAAGUGCAAAAGUAGCUCCGGCAUUAACAGGGGUUUCUGUCAUCAGGAGAGUAUACACGCAAUCAACACUACAGACUAUCGUUAAUUGUUUGCAAGGUAUAAAAUGAAACAUAUCAAACUGUAAUCCAGAGCUUUUCGUAUGGCUGCUACAAACAAUAGGAAACGUGUUAAUGCUAGGACUUAGAUGUGUUUGAGAGUAACCAAGGUUGUCCUCUUAAAGGAAUAGUUCGACAUUUGAGAAAUAGCUUCUUCCCUUUCUUGCAAAGAGUUAGAUGAGAAUAUCGAUACCUCUGAUGUUUGUAUGCUAAUUAUAAAGCUAUCACCAGCAGCAGUUACCUGUUCUAGUGUAACAAAAUCAGCCUACCUGCACCUCUAAAGCUCACCAAUUAACACUUUCUAUCUUGUUUGUUUACUCUGUACAAAGGUUGAGGUGUAAAAACUACAAGUUGUGGUUUUAUGUGCUAAACAGAGCAGAGCUAGCUGUUUCCCUUGUUUCCGGCCUUUAUGCUAAGCUACGCUCAUCAGCUGCUGGCUGUAGCUUUGUAUAUACCGUGCAGACAUGAGAGUGGGAUCAAUCUUCUUAUCAAACUCUGCAAGAAAGCAAAUAAGCGAGUUGUCAAACCAUUUCUUUAAAUAUUGCCCAAGGAAGUGACGUAUCACGCUCUCACUGGCCAACUGGGCUUUCAUGUGUGCUGUUGUCCUUGGCUUGCUGUCCAUUAUUUUAUAACAGAGAGAGGGCUCAUUACCUUUUGUAGAAUAAUGUUAAAUGAUGUGUUAAAACUCACAAGAAAGGAAACGGUCCACAUGCUGUUUUAUGGUUAGUUCUCAACAUUUAUUCAGAUGGAUUUUCUUCCACAUGCACCGUUUCUCCUUUGUGUUAUGUUGUUAUAUGCACGUGAAUGGCAUAUAAAUGACGUGCUUGCCUUUAGUGACAGAGAGACUUCACAUUUGCCUUUCUAUAGACAUGGAUGUCUGCAUCAUGACUGCUUUUCUAAUCAGACGGUACUUGUAGAGCAGACGUGCGGUUUAUGAUUAUGUGUGAGAAUAAGCUGCAAGAUCUCUUCUUCCCCUUUUUUAUAUACUCACUUUAUCUCGUCUGUGAAAGUAAAAUUCAACAAACUGAUGAAUGCA